UCAGACGCGGUCGGCCAAAACUAAAAUCUGUAAAUAAAUUGUGAUUUGUUUUAAAUAAUAAAUGAUUUUAGUUUAGUGACUAAGUAACAUUAAUAGUAAUCAAAAUGGCAGACGAAGUUAUAAAACAUUCAGUGCACACCCUCGUAUUCAGAUCAUUGAAGAGGUCCCAUGAUAUGUUCCUCUCAAAUCAAAGCAUUUUACCUCCAAUUGAUGAAAAAGCAGAGAAAGUACUGAGGUCAGUGAAGGCCAGAGACAGCUAUGGUCUAGUGAUGUCAGCGGUACAACAAGCACAAGCGACUAAACAACAUGAGGUUUUAAGCAGACCAGACACUCCACAUGAAUCAGACAUAGCAGAAUCUGCUGCAAUUCCUACAGAGGGUGCUAUGCUCCCGUACACAGGGCCCACUGUGCCCACUCCGACUGCUAUAGUUCCAUUACCUCGUAAAGCCCCUACAAUGCCUCGACCCAAGUGGCAUCCACCGUGGAAACUGUUCAGGGUUAUAUCCGGGCAUUUGGGCUGGGUACGCUGUGUAGCUAUUGAACCUGGCAAUGAAUGGUUUGCUACAGGUGCUGCUGACAGAGUUAUUAAAAUAUGGGAUCUAGCCAGUGGCAAGUUAAAAGUAUCACUCACAGGGCAUGUGAGCACAGUCAGAGGUUUGGAAGUGUCCUCAAGACAUCCCUACCUGUUCAGCUGUGGGGAAGACAGACAAGUCAAAUGCUGGGAUCUAGAAUAUAAUAAGGUGAUCCGUCACUACCACGGCCACCUGUCCGCCGUCUACACUCUGGCGUUACACCCGUCACUCGACGUGCUGGUGUCGGCGGGUCGGGACGGCACGGCGCGGGUGUGGGACAUGCGGACGAAGGCCAACGUGCACACGCUCGCCGGACACACCGACACCGUCGCCGCCCUCGCGUGCCAGGCCGCCGAGCCGCAGAUAAUAACCGGUUCCCACGACUCUACGAUCCGUCUGUGGGACUUAGCCGCGGGCAAGUCGAUGUGCACUCUCACCAACCACAAGAAGUCUGUCCGAGCGCUCGCGUUGCACCCCACACUGUAUACCUUCGCGAGCGCCUCACCGGAUAACAUCAAGCAAUGGAAGUGUCCGGAGGGCAAGUUCAUCCAGAACCUGUCCGGGCACAGCGCCAUCAUCAACAGCCUGGCGGCGAACGCGGACGGCGUGCUCGUCAGCGGCGGCGACAACGGCUCCAUGUUCCUGUGGGACUGGCGCACCGGAUACAACUUCCAGCGGCUGCAGGCGGCAGUCCAGCCCGGCUCCAUGGACUCGGAGGCGGGGAUAUUCGCGAUGCGCUUCGACCACUCCGGCUCGCGCCUCAUCACGGCCGAGGCCGACAAGACCAUCAAGAUCUACAAACCCGACGACACGGCGACGGAGGAGACGCAUCCGGUCAACUGGCGCCCCGAGAUCAUUAAACGAAGGAAGUUCUAAUAAACUUGUUCAGAUUA